AUGUCCGCGUGGCCGGACCCGCGCGCGGGGCUGCUGCGCGCGAACGCGACGGCGCGGGGGGGUGAUGAGGCGGCGCGAGGACGCGACGGCGCGCGCGGCGGCGGCGCGGCGGCGUUGACGCUGGAUGAUUUGAUCCUGCGACGCGCGGGCGACGCGAGCGCGGGCGCGAGCGCGAACGUCGUCGACGCGGGCGCGCGCGGGACGGGCGCGAGCGGGACGGGCGCGAGCGGGACGCUGUUUUCGAGAGCGCGCGCGCCGGUGGUGGUGACGGGGUGGGCGAAUCCGCACGCGGGCGGCGACGAAGCGCGGGACGGCGCGCGCGGUCGCGACGGAGUCGAUCGCGCGUUUUCGGACGCGCGCGAUCGCCGUGGCGCGGGGAGACAGCCGUUGGAGCUCGCGGGACGGCGAAACGCGGUGGGCGUGGUGCGAGACGCGGUGGAUUACAACGCGGGAUAUUUGUCGCCGGACGAAGUAAACGCCGAUCUCGACGGGCCACCAUCGCCCGUGCGAGGGUUCGCGCAGCGGUUGAUGUCGCUCGAUGCGUCGCCGACGCCGCGAGGGAAGCACUCGCGGAAGCGUGGGACGACGAAUCGAAGCGCGGAACCGGAUGGGGCGUACGAGUACGAGCAAAGGCGAAAGCGCGCGCGCCGCGCGGCGAUGAAGGAGGCGGAGGCGCUCGCGGCGGCUGCACGGCGGAUGCCCGUGAGUCCAGGAAGCGAUUCGGGCGCGCCAGGAUCGGCGUCGCGAUCGGGCCGCGCGUUGCGCGCGCCUGGAGCGUUCUGGACGGGUGCGGGUGUCUCGAGAGAUGAGCGCUCCUGGCGGCAGCCGGCGUCGCCGCCGAAACGCGGACGAGGCAGACCGCCGAAGAACGCGAAACGAUACUCACCGCCGUCGUCGGAGGACGAAUACGAAGACUUCGGCGGUGCGGAGGAAGGUGAGCGAGGCUGGAGCGAGGACAAAGACGCGCACGCGCGAGGUGGUCGUGCGCCCGCGAACGCGGCGCGCGCGCUGAAUAGCAUUAGAGGACACGCAGCGCCGACUCGGCGACAACCGCAGGCGCCGCGCGAGCGCGGCACGCGCAAGGGUAAGCCCGGACCGAAGCCCGGUGUUGCGGCAGCGAAGAAGGCUGCCAUGAUCGCCGCUGGGAUUCCGAUCCCCGUGCUUCCACCGGGCGUCAAGCGCGGUCGCGGUCGCCCGCCGAAGAGCAUGCUUAUCAUCCCGGACGGCCCUCCGAACGCAAACCUUCCGGACACCGUCAUUCGUUCCAUAGCCGAGGUCGACCCAAGAGUGAUCGAAAAGGUGAAACCCGAACGUUUUCGCGCGGUCUCUACGACGAAUUCAGCGCUGAGAUCUUCGUACGUGGCGCCGCCGCUUCAAGAAGAGCGAACGGCGUGCAUCGCGUGCGGCCGCGUCGACGGCGAAGACAGAAUGCUCCUGUGCGAUGGAUGCGAUAAGGGCUAUCACACGCACUGUUUGGUCCCUCGACUAGACAAAGUCCCAGAGAAUGAAUGGUUUUGUUACGAAUGCGUGACGCAAAAUCGACCGAAGACAGCCGCGGCGGAGGCGUUUGAACGCCGCCAAGCCUCCAAGGCGCGGUUCGCGCCGGAGACGACGUACGACGAAUGUCAGCGCGUGAGCGACAAAUUGAAGCUCAACGGCGAACGCAAGCUCAAACCCGGACCGAAACCAGGGUCGAAAAUGAAAAAGAAUCACCGCCGCGACGACGAGUUCGAUGACGACAGAUACGCCGCGGCGCCGUCGACGGAGAAGCGCCCGGUCGGUCGACCGAAAAAGGACCCCAACGCUUGGUCGGACGAGCAAUUAGAGGCGUUACAAAACGCUCAAGUGCGCGUGGAUCUCGGUCGUAAAAACUUUUGGACCGAAGUCGCGAGUUACGUUCCUGGGAAAACGGCACAGCAGUGCAAAGAACAAGUGUACGCUGGCUUGAACAUCGGCGCCGACGACGCCGACGACGCAGACCGAUCCGAUACCGACGAAGACGUCGAAGAUACCCCACACAACCAGCAUCAACAACGAACGUUUCGAACGCCCACCAAGCCUAACUCAUCGCGCGAAAACGCAGAGCGCUGGCGCAAUCGCGCGCCCCAGCGCUCGUAG